GCGCCGCGCCAUGUUCAAGUUUCACGCGGUGCACGGCUCGCACGUGGCGCUCGAAAACGAUGACACGUGCGCCACACGCCGCGAGGGCUUCUGCAAUGGAAUCACGUUCAGCUCGGUUCCGAUGGCACGCGGUGAGCAGUACCACCUGAGAGUGAGCCAGGUCUCCGACUGGAGCGGCGCGCUGCGACUGGGGGUCACCUGGCACGACCCGGCCACGCUGACCUCCCUGCCGCGCUACUCGUUCCCCGACUUAAUCCGGCGGCCCGGGUUCUGGGUGCGCACCAUCCGCGAACAGCACCUCAGUGACGGCGCCAGGAUCCACUUUUGGCUGACACUGGACGGAGUUCUACACGUCUCGGUCAACCACCAGCAGGUCACCCGGCUGGCCACCGGCGUCGGCGAGGACAGGCCGCUCUGGGCCCUGGUGGACGUCUAUGGCAACACACAGUCGGUCCAGGUCACCGGGGAUGAGGAGACGCCUCUGGAGAUUCUGGCCCGCGGUCAGGCGGCGCGGGACCUGUACCGUCAGGUGCGCAGGGCCGGCACUGUACCGGUGUACCGUAGUCGGCUCUUCAUCAUCGGGAACUGCGGGGCCGGUAAGACGACGCUGCGUCACCUGCUGCUGGGCAGCUCUGCCGUCAGCCAGCCACCGCCGACCGCCGGUCUGGACAGCUCGGAUCUGUUCACAUUUCCCGUGGACGACCCGUCGGCAUGGCAACCGGACAGCGCCUCGGUGGGCAGCCGCCGGCCCAGCACCGGGCGCUGGUCGAGUGCCCAGAGAGAGCCGGAGGAAAUUGAGGAAGAGUACCAGACGGCCAUCGCGCGGAACGUGGUCAGAGAGCUGCUCAAGGACCGAAAGUCGCGGGAGAUGGCCAAACGGAAGAGCCGCUCAUCGUCGCGCCACUUCUCCAGCACGUUCAGGGUCAACCUCAGCCGCAGCAGCCUCAACAAGGUCAUGCCCAGGAAGGAUUUCGAGGUAACUGACGAGGGUGCACUGAAGGAGCUGCCCCCGGAGAUUGUCAGGCUGGUGGAGGAGAUGCUGGCUGAAUCUCCCGACAACAGCCAGGAGAGGAACGAGUCGCCCGAACCGGGACAGAAACAGCAGGUGACGGUGAGUGUGUGGGACUGGAGCGGCGACCCGGAGUACGAGGCCGUGCUCCUCCCCCUGCUGGGCUACAGAGGCGUCUACCUGCUGGUGUUUGAUGCCUCUCAGCCGCUGGAUGGACCGGCUACCAUUACCACCUGGGCGAAGGGUCAGGCUAGCGAGACUCCGGUGGAGGGCCGCACUCGUCUGGACCAGCUGCUCGACUGGCUGCAACUGGUGCACACAGCUGCCACACCGGGCUCAGCUGGCGAGGGGCUCGGCACGGGCACCCUGGCGCCGCCCGUGCUACUGGUGGGUGUGUGGAGCACACAGGACGACCGGCCGCCGCCCACAGAGACGGAGCUGCAGCAGAGCCGUCAGCUCAUCCGUCAGGCCCUGGAGGGCCGGCUCAGCGGCCGGCACGUUCACAGCCAGGUGUUAACCGUGCCAAUAUCGGGGGACGCGGCGGCCCUGAACGCCCUCAGAGGCUGUCUCGGGCAGCUGACUCUGAGCCAGGCGUAUAUGGGUGAGAAGGUGCCCGUACGGUGGCUGCGGCUCGAAGAGGAGGUGGCCAGGAGGGUGCGAUCCGGGCUGGUGGUGGCUACAUGGCCAGAGAUGGAGACGAUGGCGGCGGAGCACGACGUGGCCGGUGAGGAGCUGACGACCUUCCUGCGCUUCCACCACGACCAGGGCAGUCUGCUGCUGCACGGAGACGGCCCGCACCGGCUGGUGCUCCUCUCGCCCCAGUGGCUCGUUCAGCUCUUCGCUGACGUCAUCAACGCCAAACGGAAAUACUACCAGUCGGCGCCCAGCGGCUGGCGGCGUCUGGAGUCCGAGGGGGUGGUGGAAGCGGCCUUGCUGAGUCGACACUGGGACCAGUUGACCAACAGUGCCAUCACAUUGGGCGUCCUGCGCCGACUGGGGCUGGUCUGCCCGCUGGCGCCGCCGCCGCCACUCUACGACCUGGCGGAGAGCGUGCCUCUUCCCGAGCUGCUGCUGCUGCCCAGCCUCAUCUCCCCUCAGGCGAGGAGCUCAGAGGAGACCCCUCGGUCACCCUCUGACUCGCUGACCCUCUUCAUCGACUUCUGCGGCUUCCUCACCGCGAGUCUGGUGAGUCAGCUGGUGGUACGGCUGGCCGUCUGGACCCAGGAGAGCUCCCACCGGGCGCCACACGUGUCCUACGGCCGGGCGCGGCUCUUCGUGGACGGCUCGCACGAGCUGCUGCUGACCGCGGCGCCGCUCCACCUGGCCAGAAUACAGGUGACGGUGGCGCGGAUAUCUGUGCUGAUGGAGGACGGACUGGAGUCGUACCCCACCCUGCCGGACUGCGGACCCACCGGGGGACCCAGCCCCGACGCCUGUCUCCAGAUACAUCGCCGACUGGACUCCACAUUAGCCGAGGUGCGCGCGGCACUGUGCCGCCGUCUGCAGUGGCAGUUUACCGUCGAGUGUCCGUGCGGCCGUCCGUGCACCGUCCACCGGCGCGCCGACUGCCCGGCCCCCGAGUGUCUGCACACGCUGCCGCUGAACCAGUGCCUCUCCGGAGACACCGUCUACUGCGACUUCCGACGGGUGUCCGUGGAGCACGUGAAGCGCUGCUUCGAGCGCCGCCAGCCCGACCGGACGACCGAAGUCAGCCUGGCACCUGUGCUUCCCGCCCGCUACCUAAGUCGCCACGAGAGUCUCAGCUCGGCCUCUGCGCCUCAGUGGGUCAAACAGGCCGCCAAACUGCUCAACGCCGGAGGACCCGGAUCAGACUGGAUGGCAGUCGCCAAGAAAAUCGGAUACCGUGAGCACAAGAUAUCCGAGUUUGACGACUGUCUGGACCCGGGCCUAGCGCUCAUCACCGACUGGAUGCAGAUCUCGGGCAACAACGGCUUCAGCUUGGACAUGCUCUGUGCUGUGCUGGAUAGUCUGGCCAGAGACGACAUCUGCGCCGUGCUGAGGAACGUCUCCAAGCCGGAGAGCCCAGCGCCAGUGUUUAUCAGCUACCAGUGGGACCACCAGGAGGAGGCGGUGCGGCUGCGCGGACGGCUCGAGAGCACCGGCCUCCGCUGCUGGAUGGAUGUCGGACAGAUGGGCGGGGGCGACCUGCUCUACGAGAAAAUCUACCAGGGUAUCAGCGGCGCCAAGGUGUUUGUGGCCUGUCUGAGCCAGCAGUACCUGCAGUCACAGCUGUGUCUGCGCGAGGCGCACCUGGCCGACCUCCUGCAGCUCAAACUGGUGCCCGUCCUGCUGGAAAAGAUGCCGUGGCCUCCUGCCGGAUCGCUGGCGCUAGUCUUCUCACAACUCGUCUAUGUGGACUUCGCAGGUGUGGGCUGCCACGGCGGCCGCGGCAGGAGUGUCGACUGGGCGCGCCGGGCCGAUGAGCUAGUCCGACAGGUCAGCCAGCUGCUGCCGGUGGACGAGCGAACCGACACCGGGGUUGUGCAGGAGCAGAUGCAGCUCGAGCAGGUGACCGACGCCGGCACGGGCGGCUCCGACUCUGACGCGCCGGCCGAGUCGCCGCCGCCGCCCGAGCCGCCCGUCUCGCCGCCGCCCUGGCAGCCGCCGCCGGCCGCCGAGCCGCCCUCGCCGCCCUCACUCAGUCAGAGACUAAAGAUGGCCGCCGUCGGCUGCCUCACCUGCCGAAUACCCGUGAUCUGAAUCGCGAAACGAACGGUCUGAAUAUGAAAUCGUUCGAAAUGGUGCUUUGAACCUAGCCUCUUGGAGUACACUGGGCCAUCGCAUCUUUGUGAGCUGCUAAUGGGCAAAGAGCUGCACAGACUUCGUGCGUUUCAAAGUGUGCGGCUACGGAGGAACUACAAGCAGAGGCUAAGAAAAGGCGAAAUGAAGGCCCUCAUCGGCUCAAGCUAGUCACCGGACGAGUCCUGA